CUUAAAUGAGAGGACAGCAACGAAAAUGGAAUCGAGUUUCGUGGAGGGAAAAGCAUACUAGCAAAGCCAAUACGCGAUCAACAGACCAAACUCAUGAGGCUCGGUAGUACAGCAACAACAUGAUGACAGAACAAUAUAUUUAUUAGUAUCUCAAGGACGUUUGAAAUUCAUCAAGAAUGCGUAUGUUGUAGUAGCGAUCUGUUUUGCUAAGUGGAUCUGGAUCCCUUCCCAUUUCAAUUCAAAAGCGAUUCUUAGACAAGAGCAUUCUUACUUUCAACGUUAACAAGGAAAGUGCUAGUUGAACACGUUGUGUUCGCUCAGUGUUGCAGAAAAAUGGCAGAGGUAGCACUAGCGCCAGGUGCGCGGACUCCGCGUCCGGAAUCUACGACAGCUACCCGCUUCACAUCGGGCGACUGGGUUCAGCGUGAGCUUGAGGGUGCCUGGUUUACGGCUGUGAUUCUCCGUGUGAACCCUUUUGAGGACGAUGCGCUUGAUGUCUAUUACGCCGACGACGGCAACGUAGAAGAAGCCGUUCCAAGCGGAGAAUUGCGACCUGCUGUGUGCUCAUCCGCUAGUAGUUCUUGUCCUCCACCAAGCACAGGCCCGAAGUUUCAUCAAGAAGAUUCAUCAAUAUUAACGGUGCACCCAGACCACGAUGUUGACGCCUCGUGCUCCACGACCGACGCUUCAGAUCAUGGGGAAGUGUCAACAAUGGACGAUGGCCGUAGGACGAGUCUGUAUGUGCAGCGAGGACUUCGGAAACUGUUUCGCGAACGGGGUGAGCAAACGGAAGUCGUGCGCAGCGGCGUGCGUGGAGCAAAGUGGGACGGGAGGGAUAUGACCGAUAAAAACGGCGUCUGUUGGCUCAGCUGUUUUCGUCCCGAGGAUGAGGAUGCGGUACAUUUUUGUGCUAGUCAUAGAUAAAGUGUCAUCCGACAAACAAUCACAUUGCUACAGCUGUUAUCUUCACAAUGAAUUCAUAUUGCUGCUCCGUGCUGUGGCAUGUUGUAACUAUCAAGGAACUUAGAUUUUCCGUUGUAAAUGUUAUGCUUAUUGAGAUUUUUUAUUCCUGAUCUACUUCAGAAUAAAUUCGCAGUCGAGGACAUUAUCUCUACGGAAGAUACCGCUGCCAAUCAUCUAGAGGUACAAGAAGACCAGCUAGAGUCUUCGAUCCUGCAACGUCCUGAGUCAGCAGGCCUGGGCGUUGUGUUCGAUCCAGCGCGAGAUUCGGUGCGACCAAGCAAUCCGUAUUUACGUUCGCGCCUUAAUGAUGUUCCAGGGAUAAGAAAGCCGCAGCAACAUCAAGCCUCCGCGACAACAUCCACGGCGGCAAGUACCAGAUCUUCUACGGCGGGCAGUACCGCAGAGUGCAGCAGUGCAGCAGAGUACGGGGAGAUCAGCAGCAGUGGCGCACCAUCAGUGACAGAUGACGGUGCAGAGCCGGUGUGCGGUCAUGCUCUUAAGGGCAUCCGAAUAUUGAAGAAACGGUCUGAAAUAGCAGGAGAACAACAAGGGCCUAGUUUUCCACACGACGCUACGGUUAGGAUGUAGACGAGGACCACGAGGACAUGUCGACGUCACUGAGUCUGCAUUUGUAGUAAGUGCAGCGGUGGAAAUCAUUGGACGUCUUGUCUUUCCCUAUCAUUUGUAGGUGUGUGAGCUAUUUUUUGCUGCUCAGACGAAUGAAGUCGUUUUCUGGUCGUUCCCCUUCCAUUUUUUGUUGAUACCGGUACAUGGAGAUAGAGACAUGAUCGGCUUCCCCUUUCUUGAUCCAAACUGACAUGACCGUAGUUUCCUACGCAACGUGCAAUCGACGAAUGAAAAGCUUCUUUUGAGUCUAUUGUUGCGAUUCAGACGCUGAGCUUUUUUCUUCUACUGCGAAAAAGACAACUCGUUUGAGGAUAGGGUGAUUUGAAGAUUCUCCCGAAAUGUGCAGCGCUCCUCUCGUGUAAGAAGUAGAGGCGACAAG